GUCGUAAAGCAGUAUCUUUCCAUCAAUAAAACUGCAGUAUUUUCUGCAUAUUCUUUCAGUAGCACACUCUAUUUCCAAAUAUAUAUUUUUUCGGCUAUAUAUUUUCUGAUCUUUUUGGUUAGAUGGCAGCAUCCGAUUCUUGUUCUAUGGUCGCGCCGGAGGCAGCAAAUGGUGAAGAGUUUAAGGUUGAAGUUUUUGCAUCGUCGUCGAAGUUAUUGUCAAAGCUGCAAGAAAAAUGGCCAGGGAAGCCAAAGCCUUAUCCUGCAAUGUAUUCGAGUGUGUAUGGUGGGAUCCUUCUUGAUUCGGCCAUGAUGGUCAUCCCCAUAGACGACCAGAUGGUUAAUCGAGGCCACGGUGUUUUUGACACGGCCAUCAUACUCAACGGGUACCUGUAUGAGUUGGAUGUGCACCUAGCUCGUUUCCUUAGAUCAGCAUCAAACGCCAAGAUUGUGUCUCCGUUUCCUGAGACCACUCUCAGAAGCAUUCUCAUCCAGCUAGCAGCGUCGUCUGGGUGCAGGAACGGCACCCUCAGGUACUGGCUGAGUGCAGGUUUGGGGAACUUCUUGCUGUCCCCUGCAGGCCUCACGUCGUCUGCCUUCUAUGCAGUAGUUAUAGAUGGUGGGUUCUUGCAGUGCAGAGAGGGUGUGAAGGUGAUAACCUCGAGUAUUCCAAUGAAAUCGCCUCUCUUUGCCACGAUGAAGAAUGUGAACUACCUCCCUAACAUGCUGGCAAAGAUGGAGGCAGAGGAGGAGAGGGCAGACGCCUCCGUGUGGAUUGAUGAGGAGGGCUGCAUUGCAGAGGGUCCCAAUGUGAACGUUGCCUUCAUCACCCGCGAUGGGGAGCUUGUGCUGCUAGCCUUUGACAAGAUCUUGAGUGGCUGCUCGGCCAUGAGGCUGCUGCAGCUCGCGCCUAAGCUGGUGGAGCAGGGGAGCUUGAAGGGUGUGAGGGUGGGCAGUGUGAGUGUGGAAGAGGGCAAGGGGGCUGCAGAGAUGAUGUAUGUUGGGAGCACACUUCCUAUACUGCCCAUCAUCAUGUGGGAUGGAAAGCCUAUUGGAGACGGUAAUGUGGGAGAAUUGACAAUGACGCUUUUGGAUUUGCUAUGGGACGACAUGGUUGCUGGCCCUGAAACACAGAGGAUUCCAGUUCCUUAUGUGUAGGAAACACUGCUCAUGUGUUUGUGAUUGUCUUGUUUAUGUUCAAUUAUUGCUCCAUUUUCGAAAAUAAGGAGUUGCAGUGUUUCAAAAAUAGUCCUAUGUUGUUUUCCAUUUUCACCCAUGUAUUUGACUUUUAUUUCCAAAAGCUAGCAUGAUUUCAAUCAUAACUAUUUUGGUAAAUGGAUAGUAAUCCAAGUUGAUUACCAUUUUGAAAUCAUGGUGUUUCGUAUUCAAUUUGGACUACACAAUCUAACGUGUGAAUUAUCCUUAGUUACAAGCAAAGCUAAGGGAAUUUCAAUGAAAGUAAGACGAUAGUAUUCAGUAUUUACUGGCUGCCAACAAUCAUUUCGGGGCAAAUUACAAAUUGAACAUAAUAAAUUAACAAUCUCAAACUGACUUAUUCAAAUAAACGAAUUAAAUGCAAUACAUUGUUCCAAAAUGCGAUCGAUGAUACAAUAUUUACUCGAGGAGAGCAAUACAUCAUCUUGGCCAUCCAACUCCUUCAACGGCUACCACUUUUACGCGUCUUAGUAGGAAUGCCGUUCACAGAAAGACUUGAGCCUCUCCAUGGCUUCUUCAAGAGCAGGUACGUCUACUGCAAAUGUGAUCCGGAUCCAGUUCUUCAGACCCACAGCGAGCCCUGCAAAACACGAUACACGCCACUUUGAGCUCACUCAACUCUUACAUCUAUUGCUAUGAAUUUUUACAUAAGUAGCUCUUAGUGUUUGUACCUGGAAGAAUGAUAACAGAUUCCUCUUUGGCCAGCUUGAAACAGAAGUCAAUAUCAUCACUAAUAUCUUUCAUCCUGGAAAGAUUCAGCUUCACCUACAAUGUUCAAAAUGCAAUCAGAAAAAAUGACCGCGAUAAAUAUAUAUACAGGCACGCGUGUGCGCACAGAUUUGUACUAGUUGCAGCAGUUACAAUACUCACCAUGAAAGCCAUUGCUCCCUUAGGUUUUGUUGGACAAGUGAUGCCAUUGAUGUCUUCAAUCUUUUGGUAACAGAUAUCAGAGGUUUGCUUCAGUAUGUUAAUUGUUUUCCUGAAGAAAACUUCUUGUGUUUGCUCAACAAUUUCAGGAACUGCAGCCUGUAUGAAUGUAGCAGGACCUCCGCAGAUGUCACAGUAUUUCUUGAUGCGUUCCACAAACUGAGAAAAUGAGAGAAAUUCACUGAUCAGUAAUUCGGUAAAAUUUCAUAUAAUUAAAUCACUCAAUAUUUACUGAGCAGAAGACCAAAUCAUAUUUGACUACCCACAUUUUUUCUGGCCACAUAUCAAUGUCAUAUCUCUAAAGCAACCCUAUAUCAUAAAUCACGCUUAAUUUUCAAAUCUAUAUAGUAUAUAUUACAUCAUAAAUCAAAUACAUCACCAUCACCAUCAAAACUACAAAUUAUAAGGAAAACUAUAAGUGCAGAUUCAACAUACACAAAGACAGAUUUUGGUCUAAAUAUCUAGGAUACAUAAAGGAAAACAUGAUAUGUGGACUGUGUGAUAAGUAAAUAUAUGGUUCUUGGUACA